CACAACGCUGGCGUCAUUUCCUGUUGCUAUGCUAGGUAGUGCGGACUUGUUUGAAGCUUCAGAGUAGUUUACAGUUUCCAUUAUCAGCAAAUUCACUGGGGGAUAUUUUCACAUCGACAGCACCAUGAGUACGUUAUGGAUGGGAAACCUGGAGGCCUACAUGGAUGAGAAGUUUAUCACCAGAGCCUUUUCCACCAUGGGUGAGCAGGUGGUUAAUGUCCGGAUCAUACGCAACAAGAUGACAGGGGGUGCUCUUGGUUACUGUUUUGUGGAGAUGACAGACGAGGCCACAGCUGAAAGGUGUCUUCGUAAAAUCAAUGGAAAAGCCUUACCAGGAGCUAAUCCGCCUACAAGGUUCAAGCUGAACCGAGCAACCUUCGGGAAACAGGACGGCGGUCAGAUGUAUUCUCUGUUUGUGGGAGAUCUAACUCCAGAGGUGGACGAUGGCAUGCUUUAUGAAUUCUUUUACAACCGUUACCCUUCUUGUCGUGGUGGAAAAGUGGUGCUUGACAGCAUGGGCAACUCCAAGGGUUGUGGCUUUGUUCAGUUCCCAGACGAAAGACUGCAGAAGCGGGCCUUAGAGGACUGUCAGGGUGCUGUGGGGCUGGGUGGUAAGCCUCUGAGGUUGAGCCUAGCUGCUAACAAUUUAAGGAACAAACAGCAGCAGCAGCAGCAGCAGUCAGACAACAAAUCAUGGCAGUCUUCAGGGUACAGACACAACUACGACCAGUACAGCCAGUACCAGCAGCAGGCCUAUGCUGGGUAUUACUCCUCAUGGGGCUAUGACCAGACCGGAGGGAUGUACGGCUACAGCUACCCUCAAUAUGAUUACACACAGUAUCCUCCACCACAGGAAAGUGAAGUUGUUGAAGAGGAUGAAGGACUUGAAGAUCCCACUGUGGAGCUGGAUGUGAUGGAGGCCAACAGGAAGUUCAUGGAGCUCAGUGAGGAGCUGUAUGAUGCUCUGAUUGAGUGCCACUGGCAGCCUGCAGAAUUCACUGCUGAACAGGACUAUGUGACAUCCUGCCUACCAGAGCCCAUUUACUGCUGAGACCGGGCAAUUCUUCUAUGGACUUUAACUACCAGUUUUGCUUUUUUUGGUUGAGGAAAUUUUCAGCAUAUUAAUAUUUUUUUUUAAGAGCUGUAGUCAUAUGUCAGGUGAACAAUUUUUUUUUAAUGUGAAAACCCGUUGAUGAUUAAACCUUUAAGUGUUCAGAAUUAAAAUUAUGCGAGUCUGAUCUUACCAAAAACACAAAUAUCACACAUUGGUUUGAUGUACAAUCAAUACUGUGGUCUUAGGGUUAUAGACAAGAACUAUUAAACCUGCACAACUUUUGCCUCCCUGUUUUAGUAGGUACACAAUCACUAUUAAGGCAUGCUUGCUGCUGUUGGUAUUUUUUAUUUAUUUUUGGAGACUUCAGUGGUUUCUCGGAAGACCAAACUUUUCUUGGUGGUUCUCGUUGCUGUAGCCUGAUCUGUUUCCUUCUUCAGCUCUAGUAAACCAAACCUUAUUAAUUCACGUAAAACACAAUGUCACUAGUGCACCAGGGAGGGAAUACCACGAGACAACAGAUUUAAAACCGUGAUAGGCUUUGUGGAGCAAGCAUUUUGCGUGGUAGCUCUGCCACUGAUGGUGUGUGAAUGGAUGGAUAAAUAACGCAUUAUAAAGCACUUUGUAGAACCUAGCUAAGGUUAACACAUACUAUAUAAAGGGCAGACAGGUUUACCUUUGCUUCGUCUAAAUGUAGCAGAUGCUCAUUCAUCAGGUUUCACUCCUCACUGAGUAGAGACAGAGGCCAGUGUUUUUGUUUGUUAGUUUUUUGACCAAUGCAGCCUUUGUUGAUUGAUAUGUCCUACUAUAAUUAGACAUUAGGUAUAAUUUAUAUAUGUACAUUUUAUUUUGAAAAAACACCCAACAUAUUUCACAAACUGAUCAGUUAUCUGUAAAGACUCUGAGGUUUUAAAGUGUAGAAUACUUCACCGAAUCCUCUGGACUCCCUGUAAAUACCGGUGUGUUUGAAGGGCUUUUGAACUGAGACAUUUUUAGAAAUGAAUACCUAAAAUCCAGGCUACAAUAAAAUUGCUCACUAAGCUUUUA